AUGGGAGAAAUUGGUGGGGUUCCGUUUGAUGUGAAGCAGUUGUCCACAAAGUAUUCGCAUGCUCAGGUAGGCACAUUAGAAGCAUUAGUGUUGUGUAGAUCUGCUGCAACUUCGGAUAAUGGAGCAACUUCACACACCGUCUCUCUUAAGAAAAUUGUCUCUGUUUCUCUCUCGAUUAUUUUUAUUCUUGUUCAUGCUCCGAUUCAUUCUCUUUGCUCUCUCUCUCUCUCUCUCUCUGUGUGUGCCACACACAACAUACCCAAUAAUGCACUACAUGCAUUAAAACCCACCACUUCUCUCAAUAACUCCCUCUCUCUAUGCAAACAACACACAAUUACACAUGAACACACCAAUAGUCCACCGCCUGACCAUCACCUACAACCCAAUACAAUUAAUUGUCAUCACCAAUGCACAAAAAUUCAACCCAAUUCAAACUCAAAUCACCUCCCACAUAUGGAACAAAAUCAAAAUGGAAACCAUAACAUCAAAUCCAAAUCUAACACGAAUCAAAAUCAAAAUCACGACCAUAGAAACUAA